AUGACGAAACAGCAUGUGCAGCAAUCACCCACGUGGCAAAAUGUGGAGUCGAAAUGGUUGUCCUUCCACCGCGGCAGCAGAGCCAAGCACUUGCAACAAACCGUCAAUCACAAACGGAAUACCGCUUCUUCUCUCAGUGUCGUCGAAAGGAUCGAGUACGACCCUAACCGCUCCUCCAAAACUGCCCUCGUUCGCUGGAUCGAAGGUGUCUAUCAUCGUCACCGCCACGCCGCCUCCGCCAACACCGCUUCGCCCAAGCUCCUCCGUCUCGAUCCCGCCGCUACCGACGCUAACAGCAUUCGCGGCAUUUUCGCUCUCAAUUGGAUGCUGCCGCACGCUCACGCUAGACCAUCCUCCAGAGAGCUUUUUUUAUCUGUGUUGGCGUCCAAGGGAUCGGAAUCGGAAUCGAUUUCUUCGCUCGGAAUUCUAAGGUUUGCGGUUGCGGUGGCAAGGGCUCUGUUCUUCGCGCAGCGUGCGAGAGGGGAGGAGACAGUGUGCCAUGUUCAGGUGCAUUAUUUUGCUAAGCUGUUUCGCCAAGCUCACUGGCGACAUGCCACGUGGACGGCCAGGCAAUCACUAGCUGUUUCGCCAAGCUCACUGGCCACAUGCACUAGGUGUUUCGCUGAUCGUGCUGAUGAAAUGCUUACACAAAACAGAUCCUCCACACAAAAUGUUUCAAAACGGACCCUUAUUUAA